CAAGGGACGGACCGACCACGCCCAGGACUUCACUCUAGUUCCUCUCCGGCUCCUAUAACUGGAAUGGUCCAAGUCACUUUAAGAGGGGGCGGGCCUUCCGAGGAGGAAGCUUGACCCCAGAGCGCCAGUAGUCGCGCUAGGCCCAAACAAUGGCGACUGCAGCGAAGCGACCGAGGGUGGAGAGGCUCUCCCAAGGCGGGAACAGCCCUCUCCCGGAUUUCCUAAAUUGGUGCCGCAGGGUCGGACUGGAGCUGAGUUCCAAGGUUUCGGUGACCCGGGAGGGCACUGUGGCAGGCUACGGGAUGGUGGCCCUGGAGGACGUACAGCGCGGGGAGCUGCUCUUCGUGGUACCUCGGGCUGUGCUCCUGUCCCAAAAAACCACUGCCAUUCGGGACCUCCUGGAAAAAGAGCAUGGGGCCCUGCAGAGCCAAUCGGGCUGGGUACCCCUUCUCCUGGCCCUCCUCUACGAGUACCUGGCCGAGGAUUCGCCCUGGAGCUGCUACUUCUCCCUCUGGCCCGACCUGGGCAGCCUGCAGCACCCCAUGUUCUGGUCAGAGGGAGAACUGAGACAACUCCUACAGGGUACUGGUGUGCCUGAAGCUGUGCAAAGGGACCUGGCCAAUAUCAGUCAAGAGUAUGAUGCCAUUGUCCAGCCCUUCUUGGAGGCUCAUCCAGAGAUCUUCCCUCCACAGGCCCGAUCUCUGGAGCUCUACCGCCGACUUGUGGCUAUGGUCAUGGCCUACAGUUUUCAGGAGCCACUUGAAGAAGAGGAAGAUGAGAAGGAGCCUAAUCCCCCUAUGAUGGUGCCAGCUGCUGAUAUCCUGAACCAUGUGGCAAACCACAAUGCCAACCUGGAAUACUCUCCAGAAUAUUUAAGAAUGGUAGCUACCCAGCCAAUCCUCAAAGGCCAAGAGAUCUUUAACACCUAUGGCCAGAUGGCCAACUGGCAACUGGUCCAUAUGUAUGGCUUUGCUGAACCGUAUCCUGGGAACACAGAUGACACAGCUGACAUUCAAAUGGUGACAGUUCGAGCAGCGGCCCUACAGGGAACCACAACUGAGGAAGAGAGAUGCCUGAUGUGUGAGCGUUGGGAUUUCUUGUGCCAGCUGGAGAUGGUAGGCGAGGAGGGUGCAUUUGUAAUUGGCAGAGAAGAGGUGCUCACUGAGGAGGAGUUGUCUGCUACCCUUAAGGUGCUCUGCAUGCCAGCUAAGGAGUUCAGGGAACUUAAGGAACAAGAUGGCUGGGAGGAAGAUGAUGGUGAUGACAGCAUAACACUGACUAAUAAAACUAUUCCCAAACUCAAAGCUUCAUGGAAGACACUCCUCCGAGCCAGUAUCCUGCUGACCCUGCAGGCUUAUGCUACAGACUUAAAAAGUGAACAGGAACUACUUAGCAACAAGGAGGCUGGGGCCAAACUCAGCUGGAGGGAAGAGCAGGCUUUGCAGGUACGCUAUGGUCAAAAGAGGAUCUUGCAUCACCUGUUGGAACUGACCAGUUCCUAAGCCUGUCACCAGAUUCAUUGUUCUCCUUCCCUCCACAAACUAGGAAAGCACAUUAACCUAAAUUGCUUUUCAAUAGAUGUUUGUGUGUGCUGGGGCCAACCCCAAGAUUUGGAAUCUUACUGGUUUUUUGUUGUUGUUGACAACUCUUUCUAUUCUUGUUAUAUAUAAAAUUCCUCAUAGUUAAUACAGUGAUUCAGAUCUUACUUGGGGGAAUGGGGAAGUUCAAGUGCUGGGUCCUGGAGCAGAAGAAAGAGGAGUCAUGAGCAACAGCCUUUUUUAUCCUCUAUACUGUGGGGACCAAGCCCACAUCACCUACCUUUAUAGGGCUGUGUGCAAAAAGUGCUUCUUUGGAAAUGACCCCAGUCUGCCUUUAGUGAAAUACUUGAAAUUCAAGCUUAAGCCAAAGGCCAGCUCCACCUCCUCAGAUCUCGGAGGGCCAAUGAUUGUCCAACCCUGUCCCUCAAUUUUGCAGGAAAGAAAAAUCAGGCCCAGUAGAGUUAUCUAUCCAAGGGUCACAGGGUGGUUAAGGGCCAGCAGCAGUUAAAUACAUCCUCAAUCUAUAGCUGGUCCUGACUUUCAUAGACCUUCAUCUCCAAUUCUAGACAGUGAAAUAAUAUAAACCUAUGGCACUUAAAAAAAAAAAAGCAUAACUUACAGGAAUAAACUAAUUCAUAGUUGUCCUAUCUAGGCUUUCAACUCUUAUAAGGGUAGAGAACUUUCUAAUAAUGUCUACAUGGUGGCAGAAUCAGCUUAUAAAGAUUUUAUAUAAAGCCUAAGGAUUCAGUGGAUCCCUUUGGGUUUAUAAUGCCCUUUGAUGAGUUCAUUUAAAGCUACUAAUUAAGGUGAGUGAAGAUGUGCAGGCACGAUGUUGAGGGCUAGAAGCCCAUUUGUGCGGCCUGCCUUCUUAACAAAGCCAUAUGCCCAGGAGAGGGUGGUGUUAGCCAGCUCUAGUCUGACAUUGGAGGCAAUUAGUCCUAAAAUUUCUCCAAUCUAAAAUGGAGCUGGGGCCCUACUGUCAAUAUGCCCUGUCCUGUGCUUUGUGGCUGCUCAGGGCAGGGACAAUCUGCUUUUAAUCCUUGCCACGAGCACUGACCACUACUGAGAAAGCCACAGUGGACGGGAGUGCAUGUCAUGACUUUAAUGUAUAACUACAGUAUGCAGAUACAUACAAGAAGUGGGAGAACUAAAGCCCAGGAACUAGAAAGGCUACAAAAUACAACACGCGGACCAAUACAUUUACAAAACAUUCAAAAUCCUUACAAAAUGGGCUGUAUUGGUCCUUUGUUCUUUUUACAAACUUAGACUGUGUGGUCAAUGGGGAUGGGGAUGGGGUGGGGGUGGGGGGCAGUUCAUAGAUUUGUUUCCUUCCCUUCCCAUCCCCCACAAUUUACAAGUGUCAGGAAGGAGGGGGAAUGCUAUAGACUUGGUCUGGUUUCCCUUGAUAACGAAAGCUGACCCUAUCCCACAGGGCCCAAAGUAUCUCUUCUCCAGCAGAAAUGAGAAGCUAUUCCAACUGGUGUGUUCCCUGCUGUCAGAUUUAGGUAGAAAGGAGGGGGGAGGGAGGAAGGGAGGGGUGGAAAAAAAUGGACCUUAAUCCCAAACCCUCCCUCCCCCACCAAUCCAUAGCACCCCAUAUUCCAACACAUCCACAUUUUUAACAGCUUAGUGAUUUUAAAGGUCCCCUGUCCACAUAAAGAAAAAAUAAGUUACAUAAUAUUAAACUGGCUUUUCAAUAUUCUUUGGGAGUCCGGGAAUGUCAGGACAAGGAGAUCUGCCCUAGACAAGUGCUUGGCAUCAGCAGCUGCCCCUUUAUUACAAGCUGAACAGGCGCCAGUUUAUCCACCUGCCUUUAACACAAUUUGCACAAACCCAAAAAGUCCAGACAAAGGUUUCGGUUCCAUGUAUUUACACUAGUUCAAAAUGAUAUUCACAGCAUCUUCUAAAUUUUGGCCAAGAGUCAAAAAAAAUGUGUUUAAACUUUGGAACGUGCCCACAAAGAUGGGAGACUCUUCCCCAAGGGUGAGGGCAAAUACCCAAGAACCAAGGGGGCUGGAAAGGUCAGGAAGAGCCAAAAGGAUUCUUCAGUCAGUUUGUGAAAUUCGGUGGCAUGGGGCCCUCCAGGCUGGCACGCUUACAACACAAGAGGCAGCCCGUCUAACUGGCACCAGUUCCUUCCAUCACUUGCUGAGCCUGCUUCUGUCCCAUGCAGCAUUGUGCAACUGACUGGAACAACCUAAAGGAAGAGUCAAAGAUGAGUUAGGUUCUUGUCCAAAGUACCCAGUAGAAUAUUGUUACCCCUGUCCCCUCAGCAUCAAUGUGAAAAUCUUAUGGCCUAGAUUGUCACUUUGUCCAAUAAAGCAUGUUAUCUGAGAAUUCAA